AAUAAAUAAAUAAGUCUUUAAAAAAAAAACUCCAAAAACCAAAAAGCACUUUCUUUACUUGUUUCCAGGACACCACACCACUCUGGAUUUUCUAAAAAAGAGAGGUUGAUUGCAGGGAUUCAGUUCAACAGUUACUUACUUACUGAGAAUUCUGGGGAGAUCCGAUUCAGUAAUUCUGAAUCUGAUUGUUAAAAAACCCCUGAAUUGAGGAAACUUUUUGUUAAGUUUCCCAGUUAGUUCUGGUAUGCAGGCAGGUUUGGGAACCUGUUCUCUAAAGUACCUUACAGCUCUGAGAUCGUAAUUCUGGACCAGCAUUGCUUCCACCUGCCUCUAGCUUCCAUGGCACCUCGGGCCACUGCACCAGCAUCUCUCACACUCUGCUCUAUGUCACAGAGUCUGCCAGAAUAUAAAAUCUCAUCCCAAAGAAAAUGUAAGUGAUGACAUUCCACUAACUAAAUACAGAUUUGCUUAGAGUGAAGUGAGGGACAGCCUUGAAAACAUCUGAAAAUGGAGCACAUGCUUAUGAAGACUUCAGGCUUCCCCUCGAAUAUUCACAAACCCUAGACUCUUUUUUUUUUUUAACCCCUGAGACUUAUAUUCUCUAUGGCAUUUUAAUUGAAAGAGCAUCCCUUGAGGUUCUGAGGUGUUUAACUAAAAAUAUAGCAUAAUUCUCACGGCAUCUCCUAUUAGGUGUCUUUUGUUGGUCAGGUUAUGGGACUUGAACUGGGAAAUACAUUGCCAAGUGCUUAGAGCGUCCCAAAACCUUUAUGCAUUAAAAUGUUGGCAGAAACAUUAGGCCCAUUUUUUUGGUAUCUAUUUUCGAGCGUUUGCACAAUACAGUUACAUGUUGAUGCAAGCACCUCUCUCCUUUCAGGCUACUCGACAUGCAGAAAUGGUGGCCAUCGAUCAGGCCCUAGAUUGGUGUCAUCGAAGUGGCAAGAGUCCUUCUGAAGUAUUUGAACACACUGUGCUGUAUGUCACAGUGGAGCCGUGUAUUAUGUGUGCAGCUGCUCUCCGCCUGAUGAAAAUCCCGCUGGUUGUGUAUGGCUGUCAGAACGAACGGUUUGGCGGCUGUGGCUCCGUUCUAAAUAUCGCCUCUGCUGAUCUACCGAAUACGGGGAGACCGUUUCAGUGCAUUCCUGGAUAUCGGGCCGAGGAAGCAGUGGAAAUGUUAAAGACCUUCUACAAACAGGAAAAUCCAAAUGCACCCAAAUCAAAAGUUCGGAAAAAGGAAUGUCAGAAACCUUGAACUUGUUCUGAUGAAAGGCUGAUCCCCCUCCACGACAUUCUUGGACUGAAAGCUGUUGACAUCAUUGAAUCAUGUUUACAUAUGUCCUUAACUCCUGGGGAAAUCAUCUCUCACUAUUUGCUCUGUUGAGGGAACAA